AUGGAAGUAGAACUAAAACUCAUUUGUGGAAGAGAUUUAAAAGUAUGUGACAUAUGUACUUCUGAUCCAUACGUAAAAUUUACUAUUGGUGGAAAAAAAUUUAAGAGUAAAACAAAAGUACUUACUGUAGAACCAGACUGGGAUGAAACAUUUAAAGUAAAGUUAAUUGCUGGUAGUACAAUAGAAUUUCUAGUUUAUGAUCGAGAUUUGAUUGGAAGAGAUGAUUUUAUGGGAAAAGUAUCAUGGACAGUUCCUCAAUUAAUUUUAGGCCAAACAGAUUUUUAUGUGCUUCAUUUAGACACAAAAGGAACAAUUACUUUUAGUACAAAAUGUAUUUCAGGAGGAAUUCCACCACAACUUGAACCUCAUUGUGACAUCAACAAACCAGUAAUUCUUAGACUUGAUGUUAAGUAUGUUCUUGGACUUGUUCUUGGGUAUGGAUUAAAUCAUGGAAUGUUUUUAUCUCCAUUACCAAAGACAUUAACUGGUGAAUGGGAAACAAGUUUUGGAAAAUUUAGAGGUGGUAUUACCAAAAUUUCUUCUAUUAAUUAUGGACCAGAACGACUUAUGGGAGGAGGAAGAACUUUUUAUGUUUUAGCUCAUGUAGGAGAAGUAAUUUCUUUUUCUGCUUUUCUUAAUUCAACCUCAUCUCAGAAAGGAGGAGAUCAACUGGUGAAAGGAUUUUAUCUCGUACCAGAUUUUCAUCAAGAUGAAAAGACUGAGUUUGGAUUUACUUUGGAACCAGGAGGAUCAUGUUUUGUUAGUUGUAAAUGUAUUCAAAGCAUAUACAAAAAUGUUCAACCUACUAAGAUUCCUUCUGAAAAAGAUUAUGCCUCAAAUAUUGCUUUUCCAUGUGAAGUUAUUGUUAGACGUCUAGAAGGUAUAUCUUUCGCUGGAUUGUUUAAUGUUUUACCUUAUGUUAGAUUAGAGUCAAACCAAGUAGAGUAUGUAACUUCUGUAUUACUUAGAGAAAGAACCAGACAUCACACAUAUAUGCCUAAAGAAUGGAACCACUCUUUCUUCAUUCCUGCUUUUGUUGGACAAAAAUGUAUUAUCAGACUUAUGAACAAAAAGGCGUUUAGUAUAUCAACAGAAAAAGAUCCUGAAUUAGUAAAGGCAGAAUUUGUAUGGCCUGACUUUAAAGGACAGGAAUCAAUAGAUAUUACUAUUCCUUUAAAUGAUAGAUUUGGAGAUCUAAAAAUAACAUUGAAGAGAAUAAGAGAACUCAGCGCUUAUUAUAGAAGAGUAUAUCUUGGUGAAGGUUACCCACCAGUAAUAUGCCAAGCACCACAACAAUAUUAA